GACUGACAAAGAAAGAGAGAGCAGGAGACAGUGAGACACAGGAAGAGGGUGCAGCAAAAGAGAGAGAGAACUGCUCAUAGAAAAGGAAUCCAGGGUAUGUCCUAUUAAAGUGAAAGGAAGCUCCUGUGCUCUUGGGUAACUGCAGUAGAUCGACUCGACAUUGGUGAGGCAGCUGUGUCUUCAGAGGGAGUGACCUGUGGUAAAACUGUUGGGACUCAACUAACCAAAGCAAAUUCCAGCAGAGAUAUACUUUCCAGAUAUAACUGAAGAUCUCACUCACCAACCUGAUUUCUUCAGAAGUCCCAGCCAACAUCAGACUCCGCCUACUUUAUCUGCUGUAUUUAAGAGAGCACCCAACCUGCAGCUGACACUACACAACAAUACCUUGGGAAGGAAUCUUUUUAUCCCCUACUCAAAAUCUCUCUAUUCAGAUUAAGAGCAAGACCAUGUCAUACCUGGCGCCAGUGCUCAUGAUUGGUGGGCAAGGUGGUAGCAAAUUUCAUUUUGAUGGUAUUGGCAAUGGAGCAACUCUGCGAAAGAUAUGGGUGUGGGCAGGAGGCUGGCAGAUCAAGGCCAUAAAGGUGUGGCUUACUGAUGGCCAGUGCAGGGAAUUCGGAAAUCCUGCCGGGGACUUUAAAGAAUUUACAUUUGAAGAUGGAGAGCACUUCACUUCUCUCUCACUGUGGGGAAAUGGAGCUGGAACACGUCUGGGUGCCAUCAAGUUCAAGACCAAUCGCUCCCCAGAGUUUUUUGCACGUAUGACAGACUGGGGGCUGAAAACAGAAUAUCCAAUUGAUAUUGGUUCUGGAAUCUGCAUGGGAGUUGUAGGAAGAGCAGGUUCAGACAUUGAUAGCUUGGGUUUCAAAUUUAUAAACACCAUCAAGUCUACUGUGUUAAAGAAUGUGAAUUAUCCCACACUUCAUAGUGUGAUACCCAAGGUGGCUGUUGAGGAAAUCAAAUCAAUGACUUACCACAACAAUACUAGUGAGAUGCAAGAAUACAAAAUAGAAUCCUCAAAAAAAAUAAUCAAAACAUCAUCCUGGUCUGUGACCAACAAGAUUGAAUUCAACUUCAGCUUUGAAGUGCAGGCAGGCAUUCCUGAGGUUGUUGAAAUAAAAACUGGGUUUGGUUUUACUGUGAGUACUGAAAGCACAUGUGGUUUAGAGAACUCUGAAGAAAAAACUGAGCUGUUCUCUUUCCCUGUCAAAGUUCCUCCAGGGAAAGUAGUAGAUGUAGACAUCACAAUUGGCCGUGUCACCAUAGAUCUCCCCUACACUGGCAGUGUUCAAAUUACCUGCUUUAACAACAAUGUUCUGGAGUUUCCCAUCAGUGGCACCUACAAAGGUGUCACUUAUACUGAGGCAAAAACCGUUAUUAAUGAAUCAGCAAAACUGCUGUGAACAGUCUGGAUCUUACUGUUGUCCUUGGAGGGGCUUAGUGAGCUUUGCAUAAACAUAAAAAUUGAUUUGUUAAAGAUUCUUUAGAGACGUUUUUUGGAUAACACGUUACAAUAUGGUUCCUUAAUCAAUGCUUAAACACUGAUUUCUCCGUAUUUCUGAGUACGUAAUCAAGCAUCCCCAAAGUAGUUCCUCAUUAAUUACUCAACACUACAAUAAUUUAUUAUCUAUCUACGAUCUACUAAUACUAAAGUGUAAGUAAGCAAUUGUGAAUCAGUGUGGUAUCUAUAUGAAUGAUGGUUCCCUAAUUAAGUCCCUAAUUCAUUGGCUAAUUAAUGCUUAAAUUAAUUACUGAGUAAAAAGUAAGUCAAUUGUUUCCAUAUCAUUUUGCAUUAAAUAGACAUCAAAAUAAUGAACUGCAAUGCUAAUAAAAGUACAAUAAUUCCACAAGCAAUCUUGAACUGUUGUGGUGUACCUAUGUAUUUAAGGUUUCCUUGGUUACUGUUUAAAUAACAGUCCUGUUGGCAGUGGUAGCUCAGUGGUUAAGGUAUUUGACUUAUAAUUGGAAGGUUGCUGGUUCAAGUAGCCACUGCUGAGC